AUGGGCUCAACUUCUCAGAAAUCUCUAGGUGUCAAUAAUAAUCUUAGUACCUUUUUACCUUCAGUCGAACAAAUAAAAAUAAAUAGGAGUGAUAAAGCCGAGCACAUUACGAAUAUACUUCGGUGCAAUCGAUGGAUUAUCAUAUUAGGUGAUCCAGGUAGUGCAAAAACUAGUCUCCUUCGAUGGAUUACACGUGUUUUUGCUGAAUCAAUUCUUAAUGGUCAAGAACGAGUAGCUUUAGAAGGAGAUGAUUCUAUUCCAGUUCGUAUUCCUAUUUUGAUUCGAAUUGGUGAAUUUGCAAUGUGGCUUAAGCAAUAUCCAACAAAGACAGUCAUAGAUUAUAUUGGAGAGCAUACCUGGGAUUCAAAACGUUAUUGUCAUGAUGAUAAUAAAAAUGUGUUGAAAGAAUUGAUAGCUCAUGCUCAUAAUUUGAUUCUUUUAGAUGGACUUGAUGAGAUUACUGAUGUUAGGGAAAAAAGAGAAAUUGUUGAUCUUGGGACAUCGUUAGAUUAUCGUUAUCAUCAAAUUAUUGAAACCAAGCCACCGAGUAUACUUGGUGGUAAUCAGAUAAUUAUUACGAGUCGUAUUAUCGGUUAUCAGCUGCAUCCACUUGUUGGUACUUUCAUCUGUCACUAUGCAUUUUUAUUAAUGAAUUACAAUGAAACAAAGGAAUUUGUCAAAAAAUGGUUGUUCGAAGUCGAUAAAAGUCUAUUUAAAAUUUUGUUGAAUGAAGGAAUUAAUCUUGAUCGAGAAUUAGUAAAAGUUCUAUCGAAGAGACGAUAUAAUGUAUUGAAAGCAUUGCUAAAAAAUAGUUCAGAAUUAUUAUCAAAUCCUUCUUUAUUAUCUUUGAUUUGCAAAUUUACUUUUCAAUCAUUCGAUAAAUUUAACCCUAAAUUUCGAGUCGAAGUUUAUGAUCAUGCCGUUCAAGUAGCACUACAUUCUUGGAAAAAUCAUGAAUCGAAAAUUCCAGAGAGAGUACUUAUUAAUUUUUGGAUCGCUGUUGCUUGUUAUCUUCAUUUAAAUUCACCAUCUGGUCUUAUAGAUGAGUACGAUAUUAAACAGCUAUGCUUUUCAACCUUAAAACAACGAGGUAUAUCAUGUGAUCGUAAAACGUUACGUGAAUACGUCUGUAAGUUGAUAUCGAUAGUUGACUUUAACAUUGGAAUUUUUGCUGAACGAGGUUUACAAACAUUUGGAUUUCUUCAUUUAUCAUUUCAAGAUUAUUUUGUUGCACAGUCACUUGUAAAUGGUUCGCCUGAUGAGGUUGCAAAACGUAUUCUUACAAUCACUGUUCAUCCUCGUUUUCAUCAAUCACUUCUUCUUGCUAUUGGUUGGAUUAGUUGGGAAUGGUCAUCUGAUGAUUAUGAUACGUUUUGUAAUUUACUUAUUACUUUAUCUACACAAUAUUCAAUUCCAUUUGGAACAGUUCUUUUUUUCGAUGCUCUCAAUGAUAUACAAAGAUUACCAUCAAACUCAGUUAUCUUUAUCGCACUUAACACUUUACUUGAUCAUCCCCAUUAUCCAAGUAGAACGACAUAUUUAAUAACGAGUCUAUUGAAACUACAUGAAAAUAUUAUUAUACCAUGGAUGCAAACACAAUUGAAAGAUGAAAAACGUCUCUCUAACUUUUGUCAAUGUUUAUUGCAGAAUACUAAGGAACCUAAUGAUAAAAUUCAAACCAAGCAGAAAUCAAUGCCAUCUGCUGUUUAUCAACAACUGUGGUUAUUACACAAAAUUAGUGAAUCAGCUGAAUUGAUCAUCGAUCAAACCUUACGAAUAAUAAUGAGAUCAACUAAUAUAUCUGAUCAAAUCUUUAACAAAGAUUUAUCUUUGUAUUUAUUAUCAAAUAACAUUUCUAUAUCUCAUAUUCAUCCUUUAAUUAUUUCUGUCAUUAUUGCCGUAUGCGAUGGAGUAUGUCUUA